AAUGAUUCGAUUUUUCUUUAGUUUUCUUUUCAUUCAUUCUUGUACUCCGCUUUUGGGCGAUGAUGUCACAAAAUUUCAUUUUACUGGAACACUGAGCUGUAUAUCUAAUAGUGGAUCUUCAAUUCCAUUUGUAGUUUGGAGACUUGGAGUAUGGGAAGAAGAUGGAUUGUGAGACUUUAGUUGUGAUGUUUUUAAAAAAUAUGAUCAAUUUGAAGGAUUGAUGAUCAUUUAGGAGAUACUUUUCUGUUCUUUCUGUCAGAAGCAGGAGCAUUCUACAAAAUUGACGUUCAGGAUGAUGGAGAUGGACCAAAUGAAGUAGUUUUUUUUCAUUUCUACUGUAACAUGCCGAACGUUUCAGAAUUUCUACAGAAUAUACUAUAAAAUCGAACAUAAUUGCACGUAUUCAGGAAAAGUAAAAGAUUCAAAAGUUUUUGUGACGAUUUUUUGGAAUUUCCCAGGGUAUAAAGGUUUUUUUGUUUUCCAUAGUGUAAAAUUUCAGAGAUACUUUUUACAAAAAGGAUAUAAAUUUAUUAACAACUCACGAAUGAGGUGUUGUUAUUUUUACAAUGAAAUAUUAAUAUAUUGGUUUUUAAUUUAACAAUAUUUGCAAUAUUAAUUAAAAUUUUUAUAAUUAUUUAUGUCACAAUCUUUAAAUUCCUUGUUGCUUUUACAUUAUCUUAUGACAACAUCCGUUGGAUACUCUCUUAAGAGGUAAUAACUGGUCGUUGUUCUUCAGAAAACUAGAAAAUUAGGCCUAAUUUCUCGGCCUCUUUACAACUUUUAUGGUGUUAUCUAGUUUACUUUCGCCUCCGUAAAUAGGUAUAAAACCUUCGAUUCUAAGGUUAGUGUUCUCAAUUUUCCGACAUUUCUAUGAUCCGUCUAGCCACAUUCAUUAUUGUAAUUUCCGCAGUUUCAAUAUUUGGUGCCCUAUGUGUGGCAGCUUCAAUUUUAGUUGGUAUUAACGAAUUUCACACAAUUGUAUCUGAAGAUUUAAGAGAUUUUAAGGGUUAUUUCGGCAAUGCUUGGAAGACAAUGCACGUUUCCGAGGGCAAUCCUUUAAGAAUUUUGGCAAGACGGGAUGCUUCGAAGAUGGCACGAGAGCGGAAACAAGCUGGAUAUGAGUUUGACGGUGGAGCAUCAGUCGAGGCUCACAUUCAACAGUGUAAUUGCGCACCUGCAACUUCACAUUGUCCACCAGGACCACCGGGUAUAUUCGGACCUCCUGGUGAAGAUGGCACACCGGGUGAACCUGGAUUAGAUGGAGAUCCAGGAACCACAGCAACACGCCAGAUGGCAAUGGAUUACACCGGUGGCAGUGAAUGUGUGAAAUGUCCUGCUGGUCCUCCUGGAGCUCCUGGACCAAAUGGACCGCCUGGCUAUGAAGGACAAAUGGGAGUUCCCGGAUUACCUGGUGAUGGUCCAACUCCUGGAUCCCCAGGGCCUCCAGGUCCACCUGGACCACCCGGAUAUCCUGGACGUCAAGGAUGCCAAGGAAAAGAUGGUCCUUCUGGAGAUCCUGGAUUACGAUUCAUCAAAACUCCUGGACCAGUUGGAGCUGCAGGACCACCAGGACCGCCAGGUCCACCUGGAUCACCUGGGGAAAACACUGAAGGUGCUCCAGGACUUGAUGGACCUCUAGGUCCCCCUGGAAAACCUGGAACACCUGGAACCGAUGGUGCUCCUGGGGUAUUUGGAGAUGACGGAGUACCUGGACAAGAUGCACAAUAUUGUCAAUGUCCACCAAGAACUCCAAUCGGCAGUGCAGAUGCUGAUUCAGAAGAUAAUGGUGGUUAUUUUUUCUUCAAAUCUUAAUUUUGAUUUGUUUUAUUCUUAAUUUACACUAGUUAUAUUAAUAAAUAAUAAAGCUUUGUAAUUAU